AUGUAAUUGAUGGAAAACUGUUCAGAAGUGACACAGUUCAUUUUGCUGGGACUAACCAAUGCCCCAGAACUACAGGUCUCCCUCUUCGUCAUUUUCACUCUCAUUUACCUCAUCAAUGUGGUUGGGAACCUAGGAAUGAUUGUGUUGAUUCUCUUGGACUCUCAGCUCCACACACCCAUGUAUUUUUUUCUCAGUAACCUGUCUCUGGUGGAUUUUGGAUACUCCUCAGCUGUCACUCCCAAAGUGAUGACUGGGCUCCUCAUAGGAGACAAGGUCAUUUCCUACAAUGCUUGUGCCACACAGAUGUUCUUUUUUGUAGCCUUUGCCACAGUGGAAAAUUACCUGUUGGCAUCAAUGGCCUUUGAUCGCUAUGCAGCAGUGUGUAAACCCCUACAUUACACUGCCACCAUGACAACAAACUUGUGUGCUCAUCUGGCCACAGGCUCCUACGUUUGUGGUAUCAUGAAUUCUGUUUUCCACAUUGGAGAUAUAUUCAGUCUCUCUUUUGGUACAUCCAAUGUGGUUCAUCACUUUUUCUGUGAUGUGCCAGCAGUCAUGGCUCUUUCUUGCUCUGAUAAAUAUAUUAGUGAAGUGAUUCUGGUUUUUAUGUCAAGUUUCAAUGUAUUUUGUGCUCUUCUGGUUAUCUUGAUAUCUUACAUGUUCAUAUUUAUCACAAUCUUGAAGAUGCGCUCGACCAAGGGACACCAAAAGGCUUUGUCCACCUGUGCUUCCCACCUCACUGCGGUCUCCAUCUUCUAUGGAACAGUCAUCUUCAUGUACCUACAGCCCAGCUCCAGUCACUCCAUGGACACAGACAAAAUGGCAUCUGUGUUCUACGCUAUGGUCAUCCCCAUGCUGAACCCUGUGGUCUACACUCUGAGGAACAAGGAAGUGAAGAGUGCAUUCAAGAAAAUAGUUAAGAAGGCAAAAUUUUCCUUAAGAAUGGGAUUUUAG